CACUUUGAUUAAAAAAGCAAAAAGAAAAAAAAGGAAGGAGUUUGAUGAAUAAUGGGAAGUUUCCUGUCAAAAACAUCCGAAACAGAGUCAGACAAAACAUUCCUUCUCUGCUAAGUUUCCGAGACACAAGCCAAUAUCCCCUUAUUUGAAUUCAGAGAAUUACAAUUUUGCACUCUAUUUUCACUCUUUUCCUUUUUCUUAGCUUCAGAAUAUCUCUAUCAUUUCUUGUUAUUAUGGGCCAAAUUCUUGAACCCAUGAGCCAACAACGACCCCGAGCCGAGUUGCUCCAUGAACUGGUCAGAACUGGAAAUGUGGAAGCCAUUAAAGCACUUUGCAGAGAAGGUGCUAGCCUUGAGUGGAUUGACAGCGAAGGAAAGACCCCCCUCAUCGUGGCGUGCAUGAAUCAUGACUUGUUUGAUAUUGCCAAAACUCUAAUUGAAUUGGGUGCCAAUGUCAAUGCUUAUCGUCCUGGGCGUCAUGCGGGUACUCCUUUACAUCAUGCAGCGAAAAGAGGCUUGGAACAGUCUGUUAAGUUGCUUCUUUCCCAUGGAGCAAAUGCUCUAGUGAGGAAUGAUGAUUGUCAAACUCCACUUGAUGUAGCUAGAGUAAAGGGGCAUACUAAUGUUGUUCGUGCAAUUGAGAAUCAUAUUUGCUAUUUCUCUGGCUGGCUGCGGGAAUUUUAUGGUCCUGGCAUUCUUGAAGCAUUAGUACCUCUGACAAGAAAAAUUUGGGUUGUCGUUAUACCUUGUGGUUCCAGUAAUUCUCCAAUGCCUCGCAAAAUGGAGCUUGUCAUUUAUCCUACUUUGCAGGAUGCACAGCCUCGUACAGUUAUUGCUCUUUGGAAGGCCAAAAUUGAGGAACCCAAAUUUCAGCAAAUGGAUCCAGCACUCACUAUAUUUAACGAGCCUACUAGAACUCGUUAUAAGCUUGCAUCUGCCCUUGAUUGUGAUAAACAGCAACUUCAACGGCUUUAUGGUGCAUGCUUAGGAAUUCCUCCGGUUAUUCCUCCCCCGGUUAAUACCCUAAACUCAACUCCAGAAUCUGCCCCUCAAACUGCUGCAGAAGCUGUUGAAUUGGCUAUGGCAAUAAACGCCUCCAUUCUGUCCGCUUCAUUGGAUAGACCCUCACUUCCUCCAAAUACUCACCAGAGCUCUGAAUCAAUCAACACAAAUGGUAGGGGAAAUUCUGCUGAGAGUGGCAGUUAUAAAGGGUGGGGCCCUGCUGUAGGAACCACAAAUUCAGGUGCAAGCAGCAGUCAAGGGAUGGACACAAAUCCAAAAGAAGACUACAAUGGCUGGGGUGUACCUGAUUCUAGGCCAGUUAGUGAUCCAACUCAGCAUGCUCAAGCCAUUGGUAACACUUCUCCCAUUGUUUCCAGUAACAAUGGAAUUGCUGCAUCAGUUCCAUCUGCUCCACCUAUUCCUGAGGUUUUGGAUGAAGGGCCAAUCCAUUAUCCAUCCAUUGAUUUCAGUCCAGUGGACUGGUCUGUUCCAGCCAGAGAGGAUGGAACUUCUGUAACAAAUGAUGUGAAAGAUGAGGACACUUCUUCCUCAUGUGUGAUAUGUUUUGAAGCUCCAAUAGAGGGAGCCUGCAUCCCCUGUGGCCAUAUGGCUGGUUGCAUGUCUUGUUUGAAUGAGAUCAAAGCCAAGAAAGGGGCUUGCCCUGUAUGCCGAGCCAAGAUAAAUCAGGUCGUUAGGCUUUAUGCCGUAUGAUAAUAAGUGAAUGGAUCAUGAUGGAGCUGGCCAAUUUUCAUAUUUUAUCAUAAUAUGUUGUUGAUUUAUGAGCUUGUAACAUAAAUUUAAUCAGGCUAUGGAUAUAAUUGUACAGGGCAACAAGGCCAUUGUUGGCAUAUUUUAUUUAUUAUUAAUAAAUUAAAAUUUAUUUUUAAGAUA